AGCGCCACGAUGCGGAAAUGAACGGAAACAAAACCAAAACAAACAAUGAAACUUGCAAGGAGGAAACUUGUCUUCUGAUUUCGGAUUUGAAAGGAAACUGAAAAAUCUUGAUCUGCAAAAUCACCUCGGAACUCUCAAAAUGGUCAGCAAGAAAAAAUCAAUUGGCCCUGGCGUUGAAGGCGUUGAAAGUCUUCCUGGUUCUUCGGCGCCCAGCCCUGUUCCAUUUUCUGCUCUGAACGACGACGAGUUGAAGGCGGAAGGCAAGAAGCCUGUGUUCAAGUCAAAAACAUUCCAGCACAUGAGCAAAACAUCGAACAAAAAGAAAGCCUGGAAAUCUCUGAAGCAAAUUAUUGCUCAGGAGAGAACUCAGCCGAUGCCAGAAGGAUGUGUUCACUACAGUGCCAUUGAAGCGCCUCCGUCAUUCAAACCAGCAAAAAAGUACUCGGACAUCUUAGGAUUCUUAGCAAAAUACACUGAUCCCCAGACAAAACUUCGAUAUUCAACUUCAGCAGAGUUCUCUACAAUAAGAUCUCUGCCCAACGACAUAGUCACCGGCUACUUGACUCUAAGGAAAGCAAACAUCCAAGUUUAAUUUAUAAUUGGAUCUCAAAUAAAAUGCCUUUUUUUAAUUUUA